AUGGCACCGGUCAUUGACAGCUCCGCCAUCCCAGGCACUGUCACCCUAGUUGACUUGCAGCAUGUUUUACAUACCCAACAUUUAGAAAGCGGAGAUCGGGACAUUGUUCUGAUCCCCACUCCCUCUGGUCAUCCAGAUGAUCCACUGAACUGGAGCCCUCGGAGGAAGCUGAUGUCGACAGUCUCCGUUAGCGUCUACACAUUAUUCUCCGGUAUCGCUUGCUCGGUAGUUUACUCGGUUCUCACGCAGCUGUCUGAAGAGACGGGUCUAUCAGUUAGUACACUCAAUGAAGGAACUGGGUACAUGUUCCUAUUGGCGGGAUGGGGGUUGCUCUUCUGGCAGCCUUUCGCAAUGCAAUACGGAAAGCGAUUGACAUAUAUUCUGUCAUUGGCGGGAAUCCUGGGUACAACCAUGUGGGGACCUUACGCCACAACAUACGGUCAGUGGAUUGCUCGAUGUGUGCUUCAGGGUUUUUUCACUGCCCCCAUUGAGGCACUUCCAGAAAUUACAGUCACCGAUGUGUACUUUACCCACGAGCGUGGAACCUACAUGGGAUUAUAUGCCUUCUUCCUGGCUGGUAGUAACUACUUUGCCCCCGUGAUCUGCGGUUUCAUUGCACAGUAUCAGGGCUGGCGAUGGGUAUUUUACUGGCCUAGUAUCUUCUGUGGAUGCGCCAUGAUCUUCCUAUUUUUCUUCAUGGAGGAAACAAACUAUGUCCGCGAAGAUGACGUACAAGCUGCCACCAUCGCCAAUGUGCGGCUGAGCUCCUCCCAUAGUUCGCACAGCUCGGACCCUGAAAAGUCUCCAGUCUCUGAGCCUGUACCUACAGAAACAGAGCCUGGUGAGAUCUACACCAAGAAAACAUAUUGGCAGACAUUAUCACUCCUGGGCCCUAAACAGAAGCAGAAUACCAUGUUUCGGCGACUCUGGCAAAGUUUGUACUUCCUAUCAUGGCCGGUCAUUUUCUAUGCUGGAUUCUCCUAUGGAUCCUAUCUGGUACUGUUCAAUAUUCUUAAUGGAACUGCAUCAAUUAUCUUGGGUGGCGCUCCCUAUGGCUUUGGGUCCUCCAUGGUCGGUCUUAGCUACUUGGCAUGCUGUCUUGGUGUUGCAAUUGGAUCAAUUUUUACUGGACGAUUCAGCGACUGGCUGACAAUCAAACUUGCCCGUCGCAACAAUGGAGUCAUGGAGGCAGAACAUCGUCUGUGGCCUUUCAUCGCGUGUCUGUUCCUCGUUCCGGGAUCUCUUCUGCUCUGGGGUGUCGGUGCCGCGCAUGAAGUACACUGGUUUGGCCUGAUUGUGGCCAUGUGCAUCCUUGCAUUCACCAACACCUGUGGUAUCACUCUCAGUGUCAAUUACUUGGUUGACAGUUACCGAGAACUGAGCGGGGUGGCGAUGGCUACCUGUAUCUUGGUGCGAAACACUAUGUCCUUUGCUAUUAGUUAUGGUAUCACACCCUGGGUUGACAACCUCGGGUACCAGAACUGCUUUAUAUCCGUUGCCUUUGUUGGUAUGGCCUGCUCAGCUGUCUUCUUAGUGAUGAUCAAGUAUGGAAAGGCUUGCCGUAUCCGCAGUCGAGAGAGAUACUGGAAGAUUGUACAAGAGAACUGGGAGAAAGGAAUGGGACACUAA